CUGGUGAGUUUCUGACAUACAUAUACAUGAUGAAAUACAAAUCUUCAUUCUACAUAUCACCUCAAAACUCCUCCAAAACCCAUUGAAAGAAAAAUUCUUAUACUUAAAAAUUCCACCAGGGCAGAGAUAAAGCUUACAAAGACCAAGGCAACCAAUGGCUCUCCAAGCAGCUUCUUUGCUUCCAUCAGCUAUCUCAAUCUGCAAAGAGGGAAAGUCCAUUGCUCUUUUCAAGGAAUCUAGUCCUUUCGGAAUAUCGGUGUACAAGCUCAAAGCUGAAUUCAACCCACAACCCAUGAAAAGCAAGGAAUUCAAAAGAAAAGUAUCAAUUGAACCUGUUAUAGCCCAAGCAGCUACUACCACUCCAGAAAUCAAUCAAGCAACACCGGAAGCAAAGAAAACUCUAAGAAAGGGCAAUGUAAUAAUCACUGGAGCCUCCUCUGGGCUAGGUUUAGCCACAGCAAAAGCCCUAGCAGAAACAGAAAAAUGGAACAUAAUUAUGGGCUGCAGAAAUUUUCUCAAGGCCAAGAGGGCUGCCAAAUCAGCUGGCAUUGCAAAGGAGAACUACACCGUUAUGCACCUUGACCUUGCUUCACUUGACAGUGUCCGCCAGUUUGUGAAUAACUUCCGCCAAUCAGGAAGGCCACUUGAUGUGCUGGUUUGCAAUGCUGCAGUAUACUUGCCUACUGCCAAGGAGCCGACUUGCACUGCUGAAGGGUUUGAACUCAGUGUAGGAACUAACCAUCUGGGGCACUUCCUCCUGUCAAGGUUACUGCUGGAUGACAUGAAGAAAUCAGACUACCCGUUGAAGCGUCUUAUUAUUGUGGGAUCCAUCACAGGAAAUACAAACACCUUGGCUGGCAACGUACCUCCAAAAGCUAACCUCGGAGAUCUAAGGGGACUUGCAGGAGGCUUGAACGGGAUAAACGGCUCACCCAUGAUUGAUGGGGGUGACUUCGACGGGGCCAAGUCCUACAAGGACAGCAAAGUAUGCAACAUGCUCACCAUGCAAGAGUUCCACAGACGUUACCAUGAGGAGACAGGAAUAACCUUUGCUUCCCUCUACCCAGGUUGCAUUGCUACGACAGGCUUGUUCAGAGAACACAUCCCCUUGUUCAGACUCCUAUUUCCUCCGUUCCAAAAGUACAUCACCAAAGGUUAUGUCUACGAAGAUGAAGCAGGGAAAAGACUUGCACAGGUGGUAAGUGAUCUAAGCUUAACAAAGUCGGGAGUAUACUGGAGCUGGAACAAGAGUUCUGCCUCAUUCGAAAACCAGCUCGCUGAAGAAGCCAGUAACCCAGAGAAGGCACGAAGACUAUGGGAGAUCAGUGAAAAGCUUGUUGGAUUGGCUUAACCAGGAGUGAAAGACAAAGAGUUCAGCCAUAGAGUUGUUUCAUGGGAGAAAGACUACUCAAUUGAUCUGUAAACACCCCCCAUAACUGCUAACUAUAGAAACUUUACAACGUAUAUGAGACAUUAGAAUUAUGCAUCCCCUAGUAAAACAUUUUGAAAACUCAGAACCUUAAGAGAUUCAA